AUGGCGACCGCCCAGAACAGUGCACUCUUCUCGGAGCACAAAGUCACUCCAGAUGUCUUGUCUAGCGAUGCCGAUCUGUCCUACGAGUUGACAGUCUCAUGGCCAGAGACGAAGCUGCACAGGCCUGCCGAGGAGCUCGAUCGUGACCAGACUCAACCUCAGCCAAAACUGUCGCUGAGCCCUGCUCCUUCGGGACCACUCAAGGACUUGGUGCUCAUCAUGACUGAUCCAGAUCUCAUGAUGAACGACGACACCUACCUUGGCCAGGUGCGGCAUUGGCUGGUCAGCAACGUCUCCACCGACUCGCAUGGCGAGCUCAACGUCUCACAAGGAAACGAGAUCUCAUCGUACCUCGGCCCCGCGCCUCUGCCAAAUUACCUCUACUCUCGUCCCCAUCGCUAUGUCUUUAUUGUAGCAAGCGGCUCUGGGCAGGUUGAUAUCACACCGGAAGACUUACAGGAACUGCAGAAGCCAUACGUGGCUGCCAUCCCUGGAAAUCAGGGCGAAGCUCAGGACCUGAAGGACCGCUGGGGCUUCAACGCGCAGAAGCUUCUUGAGGAGAAGGGACUAAAGGUCGAGGCUGCCAACUUCAUGCGUGUCCAUGGCACUGUUAGUAGCGCAAUUACAAAUGCAGGGUUAAUGGCUGAGGCGGCGGUCAACAAGGUUCUCGGAAAGUGA